UGCUGCUGUCUCAAGUAGACUUCCUGAACAUGUACAGAGGUUUUCCAGUGAAGGAUCGCGACUUUACCUCGUCGUGGGGGAACUGUAAUGAGACAUCUGUUUUGGAAUGGACCUAAACCAUGACUCAGGGGGAAACUACAUAAAAAGAACACCAUGACGUAAAAGAAGGCGAAAUGGACAAAACUGACUUUUACACCUUUUGUGUUUGAGUUUUUUUUUUUUUUUUAAUGCCUGUUCUUAGCUGUAAACCAGCCAACACUGAGGAGGGACAUUUAUUCUUUCAUGGAUUACAAAGGGUGGAAUUUGUGGCAUUUUUCCAUUGGAUGAACUUCCAUCCCACCUGCGCCCCAGCAAGUCCGAGACAGGAAGUGAAAGUCUUAUCCAGCCACCUCACUUCCUCAACUCCCCGCAGCUCCCCCCAGCUUGGCAUGCCUUCAGUUCCGGCAUCUCUCUGAACAACACAGUUUAGGCUGAGGAGACAGUAGCUCUCUCCCCAGUUGGGUGGACUUGGUUUUCCUCAUUCCUGCUGUUGAUGCUCUGUGUGUCAGUUGUUUAGAAGUUUAAUUCAGCUGACCUCUGGAUGACUAGUUAUUUAAUGUUCAUCAUCUCUCUGACCUCAUGACCUUGAUGACAUCAUCUGUAGCUGCCUGGCCUGUGUUGCACUACAAAGUUGUUGCCGGCAUCACACUGAUCAGAUAUCUUCCAUAUCAUUCGCUUCCUUUGGUGUACUGCAACAAACUUUUUUGAGUCCACUUUUUUUAAUAUAUUUUAAUUAUUUUUUUGUUUAAAUGUAUACAUAUUUGUAUGUAUAUGAAUUUGCCAUCCAUUAUCAGACAAUUGAUGACGAGCAAUCUCAGUCUUCAAAAGCACUUUAGUAAUUAUUAUCUAGUUGGUGUAUCUGUUGUUAGAACUGUAUAACUGCUGUGUUAUAAACUUUAAAAACUGACGGUGUUCCAAGCCGGAAUAACAUUUAUAAGAGAGGCAUUUUAAAAUUCAGGUUUUGAAUUGUGCAUUUAACAGGAUUAGAAAACUGCUGUUCCAAAGAGAAAACGCUAAACUUGGAUUUGGAAAGAAAAAGUCAUUUGGGAUUUAACAAAAAAACAUCUGCAGUUUUUUUUUUUUGAACCGUCCUUGGCAUGUGUCCAUUCUAAGCUGAUGACUGUGACCCAGUUUAACCAUCCAUAGAAUACCUAUUUAUAAACAAAGCACUCAAAACGAACAGCAACAGAUAAUACACAUCUGUGAUUUAACCAAGAACUUUCAGCGUGGGAGCAGUUUGCACACUGCCCAGAUUGCCCCGGAGUCCUCCCAUGACCAGCCAGCUGCAUGCCCGACCCAGCUCCCUGUCUCAGAACGUUGCACAGGUAGCUCCUCGUGUUCCCCGCGCCCUGGGCAGCCUCCUGCCCCUGUGAGGAUGCGCUCGCCAGAGCCCCAGAUCCCGUCCCCGUCAGAAGCCCUGCUCCAUGGCCAGUUUGACGGCUGGAGCACAGGUGCCACUGGAGGUGGUGGUAGUGGAGGAGGAGGAGGAGGAGUAGGCGGCGGCAGCGGGGGCAAUAACAGCUGCCCCAAUAGCCCCGGGGGGCCGGCGUCUCUGCAGGCCAGCAGCCCGGCGGCCAGCUACGCCCUGACGCUGACGCACACACACGUCCACGUGCAGCGGCUCUCUCCGCGGCCGGGCAAGGACUCGCGGCUGCUGCUGCCCCUGGUGGAGCUGGCGGGGUGCAGUUGCCCCCGUGCCCCGGCGCCGCCGCUUCUGGUGCUCUACUGGUACCCGCCCGGCCGCCGCAGGAAGGGCGUGUCCCGGCGCAGGCAGGUGAGGGCGUACCUGGCGGAGAGCCGAGCCGAGGCCGAGAAGUGGUACGCCGCCGUCCAGUGCCUGCUGAGAGGAGUCGUCGUCAGCGCCACCACAGAAUUUAGCAAGAGCCUGUUGCCCCGCCCCCGACGCCUGCUGCUAUUGGUCAAUCCUUUCAGUGGGCGGGGCCAGGCCAUGCAGUGGUGUCAAACACACAUCCUGCCAAUGAUCAGAGAGGCCAACAUCAGCUACAACCUCAUCCAGACAGAGCGCCAGAACCAUGCAAAAGAGCUCAUCAGGGAGAUUUCCCUGCAGGAGUGGGACGGUAUCAUCAUCGUGUCUGGCGAUGGACUUCUCCAUGAGGUGAUAAAUGGUCUCAUGGAAAGGCCGGACUGGGAGACGGCCAUAAAGACUCCAGUGGGAAUCCUGCCAUGCGGGUCUGGGAAUGCCCUAGCUGGAUCCAUAAACCACUAUGCGGGGUAUGACAUGUGCCUUCGAGAGCCCCUGCUCCUUAACUGCUGCUUCUUGCUCUGCCGAGGCGGGGUGAGACCCAUGGACCUGGUCUCCGUGACGACCAGUCCCAUUUCCUCUUCGUCCUCCAAUCAGAACGGGCGGCCGGCCGCCCCCAGACGGCUCUUCUCCUUCCUGUCGGUGGCGUGGGGCUUCGUGUCGGACGUGGACAUCGAGAGCGAGCGGUACCGGGGCCUGGGCUCGGCUCGCUUCACGCUGGGCACGCUGGUCCGGCUGGCCUCGCUGCGCUCCUACAAAGGCCGUCUGUCCUACCUGCCCCCCAACGCCGUCACCUCGUCCCCCGACAACACCACCACCCCCCCGCCCCAGAGGCGGCCCCUGUCGCGCAGCAUCACCGAGGGCCUGGAGGGCUUCUGCCGCACCCCCAUCCACCGCACCAUCUCCGACAUGGGCCUCAGCGAGCAGAGGAGCCUGCGCAGGGGGGACGGGGAGCGAGAGAGGGAGCGGGAGAAAGAGAGGGAGGAGAGAGAGAGGGAGCGAGAGAGGAGGAGGGAGAGGGCCAGAGGGGUCAAGGUGGUCCGCGCCAGCAGCCUGGCGGAGGACAGAGAAAGGGAACUGGAGGCGGAGGGGAGGCUGGGCACGGCCGAGAGGCUGGAAGGGAACGCGGAAGAGAAGGACGAGGACAUGGAGGAUAGAGAGAGCGAGAGCGACAGCAGAAGUAGCAGAGAGGAGGGCAGGAGCGAGGGACAGGGAGAGCGGGGUGGAGGGGUGGAGGCGGAGGAGGAGGGGGUGACGGAGGCGAGGGAGGUGAGCGAGGACGACGGCCUGGUGAUGGGACGCGAGGCGCAGGAAUGCUCCGACGGCGACCUGGACUCCGAGGACCCGCCCGAGCCGCGGGUGGCCGUGCGCAAGAACUCGGCGCCGUCCAGCCAGAUCGCCAAAGCCUUCUUCAGCCAGCCAAUCAGCGCCAGCGCCGACUCGGACGCCGAGAUGGAGCCGGCGGCGUACGGGCAGCCGGACGAGGACGCCAACGGCACGUACUUCCAGCGCGAGGCCUUCCCGCCGCUGGACACGCGCGAGCGCUCGCUGACCAUCUCCUCGCCGUUCCGCCACUCGCCGUUCUCCUACAAGCCCAAAGCGGCGCUGGACCAGAACCAGAACUCGUCCGGCCGGCCGCGGCCGCUCUCGCUGCUGCACCACCACUCGCACUCCAACUCGCUGCCGCCCAAGCUGCCCUCGCUGUCGCUGUCGCUGUCGCCCACGCCGCCCUCCUCGCCCAGCUGCGCCUCCCCGCACGCCUCCUCCUACCUGGCCCCGCGGCCCAACACCCCCGGCUCCUCCUCCCCCUCGCCCUCGCUGCGCUCCCCCUCCCCCUCCUUCACCUUCGACAUCGCCGAGGCGGCGGGGCCGCUGAAGAACCGUCCGCACCUGUGCGGCCCCUACAUCCCGCCGCGCGACGACCUGCUGCCGCCGCUGGACCAGCCGCUGCCCACGCGCGACUGGGUGACCAUCGAGGGGGACUUCGUGCUGGUGCUGGCCAUCUACCAGUCUCACCUGGGCGCGGACCUGCACGCGGCCCCGCACGCCCGCUUCGACGACGGCCUCAUCCACCUGACGUUUGUGCGGGCGGGCAUCUCGCGCGCCACGCUGCUGCGGCUGUUCCUGGCCAUGGAGAGGGGCGCGCACCUGUCCCUGAGCUCGCCCUACGUGAGCCACGUGACGGCCAAGGCCUUCCGCCUGCAGCCGCUCUCCUCCAGGGGCACCCUCACCGUGGACGGGGAGCUGGUGCCCUACGGACCCCUGCAGGCCCAGGUCCAUCCCUCCAUGGCCCGGCUCAUUGUGGGCGACUCAGGAGUCCGAAUCACCAGGUUCUGAGCAGCUUGUACAAGACGGCACAGGGAUUUGGGUCCAUGUUGAUUACCCCCCCCCCCCCCCCCCAUGUCUCUGUCCCUCCUUCCCACUCUCUGUGGAUUGUGUAACACUUCAGAUUUAGAAAGAAGGAGAUUUGGGGGGGAAAAAGAAAAAAAAAAUGAAAUAGCCCACCACUGGAAUACUGGCUCUUUCUGGGAUUUACUAAAAGGGAUGGCCUAAUCGGCCUGCACGCGAGCGGAUUAUUAGCGAAUUUAGCGAAGGGAGAAAAAAAAACUGUGAGCCGUUACAUAGCUGCUGGAUUACGCCAGGAUUACGCUCUACCAUCGACUGACGCAUGAAAAACACAAAUCCCCGUGGGGGAAGGAAAAAAACGGAGAAAUAAACAAGUACGGCAACAAAAAGAAUCAGAAUGGCUGAAUGUCUGCAUCUUAGUGUGUACACUCACGCAUACCAUGCACUACCAGACCCUGCCUUAUCCAGAGAGAGGAAAUAAAAACAAAGGUUGAAAAGAUCUCCCACUGUUCUAGAACCACCUCAAGGGAAGCCACACCCUCAGGCACAGAACCCCCCCCCCAGCCCACCUCGGUCCACCCCGGCCUCUGUGUCAUACCCUGCAUUGUGUAAUGGCCAUCCGUCCAUGCAAUGCCUUAUCCAGCUCAGAAUCUGAACAUGCAACCCCCCCCCCCCCCCCCUCUCUCUCUCUCUCUCUGUUAAUACUUCUCCUCCCAUCAAACUCUGGAAGACUUCGCUCUUGAGGAAAGUGUCUGAAGGACAGGGGUCACCCAUCCACAUCUGUAGGAUAGAUUCCUCUGUUUAUUCAGUCCAUUAGGGAAAUGGACAAAAACACUUUAAAACCCUUCUCACUAAAUAACAGACAGACACAAGCUCACAGCCAAACUGAUGCAGUUGUAGGAUUAACUUGAAAUCUGUUUUUAUGACUCCAUUUAAAUGUUUUUUUUUUUUUUUUUUAAUUUUAAUUUUAUGUUUGUCCGUGCAUCUAAAGGAAAGAAAUACCUUUCGGGAGAGAGGAGGCUGUUAAAUGUUAGUUGCUCAGUCACAGUGUAAGUUGCAUUUGCCUGCAUUUGCAAAGCAUGUGUGAUGAGGAAGACGAGGAUGAUGAAGCUGACAGAUGCCAGUCUGCUGGGUGCUUUAGAGAACGCUGCCUCUGCCAUGGUGGCUGGAUGACAUAAUCUUCCUCUCCGUCCUGAUGCUCAUUUGCCCUCUGCCCAUUCUCAAAACGAUGGAGGAUUGCUUGGUCAGAGAUGUUUGAUUCUUGUUCAUUUGAAAAAAAAAAAAGGCCUCUGACAUCACAUGAGGAAAUAGUCCAUAGAACUGUAAACAAUAUAUUUUUUAUUUUUUCUAAGCCUUUUUGUUAGCAUUUCCUCAGCAGCCUGAUAUUGUGUGGAUGCCUGUUCUUUUGUGUCACUGAGCUCUAGUCCUUUGCUCUACAACAGAACGGCCCUUGAAUGAUCACUGCGGAUUGAUCAUGACGCACAGUCUUCUUCACAGCUGAUAGGCCAGUCACGUUAGGUCUGUGAAAGAAACAAUCUCUAUAGGAUUGCGACACUAAUAUGACUGACAUACAUGUGUUUUUGCUUUUAAAAGGCAGGUUUGUAGUUUAAUAUUUUCAGAGGGAACAUUUCAUGUUUGUUUAAUGUAUUCAGUACAUUUCUGAAUGGACCAUCUGAUGACAUCUAAAAUAAUCUAUCCAAAAUAUUUGAUUGCAAAAUACAGUGAAGGGUAUUGCUGUUCCUUUCAAGGGGUUCCGUCCCUGAGUUUAUUUGCCUUUUUUUUCUUAAUCUGCUUCAAUCUAGUCAUAAUUUUAUUUAUGUUAAUCUUCCGUUUUGGCAUGUAAUAACUUAAAGAAAUUCUUAUCAGUGGUCAUUUUGGCCUAUGCACUUUUAAGUUCUAUCUCUCUGCUGGAAAAAAAGAGAAAUUGUAAAAUUUCCACAGGAGCAUCUCUGUGGAUAUGUCCGAAUGCUUUUCUUUGUUUUCUGUCUGUUUUCUGUCUUUUUCACAAAUCACUCAGAUAAUAUUCAGCAAAUGUUGCCAGUAGCAAAUAGAACUUGGGCUUGAUGAAUUUUGUACAUCAUGGUUGAGUCCAUGUCCAAACUAUUUCUGCCAGUAGGUCCAUGAAUCCCAGCUCUGUUUUGCUCUUAAACGUGUGUGACUAGUUUGUAUCAGCUGCCCAGUUGAUGGACUGUCGCUGGAUUGAAUGUUGGACCAUCUAUUUUAGAGCAAUUUAAUAAGAACAAUAUCAGGCUCACACGCCAGUGAAGAUGUCUUUGUUAAUAGUUGAUUAUAUGAUGCCUGUAAUAAAAAAGUGUAAUUAUAACUAAAAUAUGCUAUAAAUAAAUAUAAAAUGUACAGUACAUAGUUAUAUGGUUUCAAAUGUUUCUCUUCAUUAAGA